UGUUAGUCCGUUGGUCACCCUUACACAUUCUCCCCGCAGAAGUCUUAUGCACCAUCUGUAAAUGUAAAAUGGCAGGUUUCGUAUUUAUUGAUAAAUAAACUAAAAAUUGACUUUUGAUUCAUACGUGCGAGAAUUAGAAUCUAAAAAUAUGUGAUGGUAGAAGGAACACAUGGCGAGCAAGGAAGUAUCUGUACAACCUCAGCAUUUUGUGGAAGAAAUAGAUUAUCAUGAAAUACAGACAUUAGAGGUUGUUGGGAAAGGCUCAUUCGGUAUUGUGUGGAAGGGAAUAUGGAGGGGAAUAUAUGUUGCUGUAAAGCACAUAGACUCUGAAGCAGAAAAGAAAGCAUUUGCUGUUGAAGUGCGACAACUUUCAAGAGUCAGUCAUCCAAAUAUUGUAAAAUUAUAUGGCGCUUGUACUCAAAACCCUGUAUGUUUGGUUAUGGAGUAUGCUGAAGGCGGGUCCCUUUAUAAUGUGCUUCAUUGCCGACCUCAACCAGUGUAUACUGCUGGACAUGCCAUGAGUUGGGCACUGCAAUGUGCUAAAGGUGUUGCAUAUCUCCAUAACAUGAAACCAAAAGCCUUAAUACAUCGGGAUUUGAAGCCACCCAAUCUUCUCUUGAUAAUGGGAGGAAAGGUGCUGAAAAUCUGUGAUUUUGGAACAGCCUGUGAUCAGAAAACGUAUAUGACCAAUAACAAGGGCAGUGCUGCAUGGAUGGCUCCUGAAGUUUUUGAAGGUUCUAACUAUACCGAGAAAUGUGAUAUCUUUAGUUGGGGCAUCAUCUUGUGGGAAGUGUUGAGUCGUCGAAAACCAUUUGAUGAGAUUGGUGGCUCUGCUUAUCGUAUCAUGUGGGCUGUUCAUACAGGGGAGAGACCUCCUCUUAUUCAGGGCUGUCCGCCACCUAUUGAGAGACUCAUGACACGGUGUUGGGAUAAAGACCCAUCAAAUCGACCUACCAUGGAAGAAGCAGUUCAGGUGAUGAAUCGUCUCUUCACAUACUUCACAGGCUAUGAUGAGCCUGUGCAAUAUACAAAUGAUGCUUCUACAGAUGAAAGUGAAGGUGAUGAUACUAUAGGAUCACAAAGUGAAUUUCCAUCCAGCCCUGAACUGUCACGGACGCAGUUAGCUGUUGGCAUGAAUGGGUCAGUUGGAGUCUUGCGACCAGAUCUGCCAUCUUCCGUGCCUGUGGGCAAGCUGCCAUCCCCUAUUGCUGUUGAGGUGAACCCUUGGGAUACUGAAAAAUCAUCGGAUGAAGAGGAUUUGGAAGAUGAGAACUGCCCUCCAAUGGUGUCUGGGGACCUUGUUCAGAAUGUAAUUGUCCAAAGGCAGAAUGUUCAUUGGACCGAACCACCGGGUGUAAAGUCCUGUAAACAUCACAUUCCUAGCCAAGCGAUUUCAUUUAAUGACAGCUUGGAAGCUUUAAUGUACUGUUCCACUUGCGGUGACACCGGCUGUACGGUCCCCCUUGGCAGCAAGCCCACACAUGAGUCAGUGGCAGCAAAAACUCUGGGGAGAGGGCUAGCUAGUGGAGGCACGGCCGCUGCCGCUACUGGCAUUCAUGAUUCCCAGAAGCUGCGUCCCCGCUCGUUAGACUUUGCAGCUGUUGUGUUUCAAGGAAUAGGUGAUGAGCCAUCCGCAUUUGAAGAUGUUCAUUACUUGCUGUCUGCGGCGGCUCCUGAGGCGGCGCCAGCAGGCAGCAGGAGGAGCGCGAGCCAGCUGGGGGGCGGCGGCGGAUUUCGGCCGACGCACGUAGCACGCGGCGUGCGGAGGGCUGGCGUGCGGGCGCGCGCACGAGCCGACGACGGCGGCGGCGGCGACGGGGGCCGUCACGACGGCCGCGACCACCCCGACCACCAUGGGCGACAUCGCCGUCACGUGCUGUCACAGUUGGACGCUGCUCCAGACAGCAGCAGUGGGACGGCACAAGAGGAGCUGGACAAUGUGUAUCUUGUUCUGGAUCCACAACUUCACCCUGUGUCCCCUGACACCUCGUGUCAGGAGAGCGUGCGCAUAUUUGAACAACAUAAACAGGAGUUCCUGAAGGUCCAGACGGAGAUCGCCUACCUGUCACGCUACAUGGGGAAACUCGCAGAGCGCCUCAACAUUGAGGAGGGCCUCUCGCAGUUGGACCAGCAGGACACAGAGAGGCAUCAAGAAGAGCUGCACAAGCUGGAGGCGGAAAAGGACAGUCUGCUUGCCCUGAAACACAACCUGCAGCGGCAGUUGGAGCUGCUGAGAGGGCAGCGCCAGGCCCCGACCUCGAGCGGUGGAGCUGGUGGAAACCAUCGCCCCAUGUCAGGAGGCAACAGGGGCGGCAGGGAUGGGGAAUUAAUAUUCCUUGAUUUUAACCUCAGUUAUUUUGUCUGUGCAAUUGUUUCUCAAAUACAUUUUUGUCAUUUAAAAGAAUUCCCACAUGUUUGCAUAAAGCAUUUCAGUUUAUACUCUUGUAUUUUUAAAAUUUUAUGA